AUGAGGAGGGGUGAAUAGGCUUCUGAAUAUAGGCUUUCAAGCAUUCCUCACUUUAUAAUUUUCAAUUUUAUCCUCCCCUUUAUUUGGCAUCACUAAGUGCUCAGUCUCUCUGGGAUUCUGUGGAGGUAAAUUGAAUCUCCUUAUUCUUACAUCCUUCUUGACACAUUUUAUAACUUCCUGUGUCUUACAAGAUAGUUAUUACAUCUGACUCUUAUUUCCAUUUUCUCAAAUUUGUUGAAAUCUUACUCCGUCUGUGGAAAGAGCUCAAGAACUUGAUGACACUGAUGACCUGCAGCACUGAUCCUGGACUUACAUAGUUCCAGAUGACUUAUUCUGUGAAGGUUGGCUUAUGGUUAUGGACACACCAAGGAUAUUUAUUUUUGUUUUCUACCAGUUUUGUACUCAAAAUAAGCAAGCUUCUUUAUUGCUGUCCUCUUCUGCACAGUGGUGUGUAGGAUUUUUAAAUUUUACACCUCGGUUGUAGCUCUUUGUGAUUCAGGCUUUUUACUUAAGCUAUUUAAGGAUAUUUUUAGUCAAAAGCGUUGUACCACUGAGGAUCUUAAAUGUAUUCUUUCUAAAAUUCUCCACCUUGCUCUUAGCUCUGUUUUCUUGUCUAGGCUAAGUGCCAUAGACAUUAGCUCCAUGAGUCCCACAGCCCCAAGGACAAUUGAUACAGUGGAAGAAGCAAGAGAAGUUUCUGACAUCUGGGUGCUUCAAGUUUAUUUGUAUUAGGACAAAACUUUAUGUGUUGAAAUAUUAACCUUAGCAAAGAUUUUUAAUUUUCCAAUUAGAUUACCAAACACAAAUUCUUUAGUUGUCAACAUUGGGCCAUAUUAUUUGGGAUAAUGCUGGUGGCAUUAUCAACCUCCACCUCCAAACUUCAAUGACACAACAAAAAGCCUUUUUUUUUUUUCUUUUUACAUAAUGGACCAACCGAAUGGAAGUGUUCCCCUUUGGUGGGGUGGGGGCUGUGCUUUACAGCAUGACUGAAGGACCCAGGCUAAUGGCAGCACUGGCAUCUUUAAGAUAUGGCUUCCAAGAUUUUUCUGGGCUUUGACAUUGAGUUUGCGGAGAGAAGAAAAGAGAAGUUGGUUGUACAUGAAUUGUUGCUGCUAAGUGUUCAGCUGACAUGUGGCCAUGUGGCAGAAUGGCAGCCAGUAGCUGUGAGAAGAAACAAAUGUGUUACUUCUAAGCCAAGUUUCUUAGGAAGUAGAUGUGCUGUACUUAUGUUUCAAAGAGAAUUUGCUCUCCGACUAGUUGCAAAGCCUGGAGAUAAAUUAUACUGCAGACUCUCAAUCAAUACACAGCUCUUAGCACGUGUGGACCAUCUGAUGAAAGUUGGAAAGAAUAACUUCGGGCCACCACCCGAGGUAGAAUCCAGUGUCGUAAGAAUAGAACCUAAGAAUCCACCACCACCUAUCAAUUUUCAGGAAUGGGAUGGCCUAGUAAGGAUUACCUUUGUUAGGAAAAACAAGACACUCUCUGCUGCAUUUAAGUCAAGUGCAGUACAACAGCUGUUGGAAAAAAACUACGGAAUUCACUGUUUGAUCCAUAAUAUUAUAAUACCAGAAGAUUUCAGCAUAGCAGAUAAAAUACAGCAAAUCCUAACCAGCACAGGUUUUAGUGACAAGCGGGCCCAUUCCAUGGACAUAGAUGACUUCAUCAGAUUGCUACAUGGAUUCAAUGCAGAAGGUAUACAUUUUUCUUAGGUAUCUGGAAAACAGAAUUUUCCAAACUCAAGAA